AUGUCAUACUACGGAGAUUCUCGAAGCCAUUACACCCAAAAGCCUACGACUAUCAUACAAUCUCGAGGGUCCUCGGUCGAAUCCCGCGCUUCUUCUGGUCGAUCCUCUACAGACGGGUAUUAUACAUCGAGUAGGACCACAAUGGCAAAUGCUGUUACCGUUGUCGAGAAGCAGAGAGUUCCGGACAAUGACCGCAAUGCUAUUACAACAAAGAUCAACGGCAAAGUCAAGGUCAUUCAACACGAGAAGGGAAUAUACGAUCCAGCAGCACCACUAUCCGACUCGGCAAACUCCGAGGACUACAGACGAACGCAAGAGCGGAGGGAACAACAAAGACGCAAGGAUGAAAAGAGAAGGGCAUAA